AUGUCCUUCACCCUGCGGCGGUGUUUUGCCCGGUCAGCGCUUCACAUCGCUGGCGCGCGGGACGCACUCGCACGCGAAACGCGAUGGCGGCAAGUGCUGGGAGGUGCCGCCGCCCGAGCUCGCAGCUCGAGGAAAAGAGCUCCAUCGACGGAGGUUAUGGAAGCCUCCUGCGGAUCAGCAGUGCUGGCAGCUGUGCUGCUGCCCAGUAUUGGCUGGUGGUAUCUCAGCAGGCGGCCAUCACCGAUGCCUUUGCCGAUGCCGCAAGCUCUUCAGGCCAGUGGCGCCCAAGUCCACCCAGCAUUGCAGCGCACACCGGACAUCGGCCCUCGCGGCAGCGGCUUGGUGGUGGUGGCUCCGGUGGAGGAGGGCGAAGCCCUGCUGAGAGUUCCGCAAUCCGCUGUUCUCUCCGGCAAGAUGGCGCAGCAGGUCUUGGGGGUGGACUUGGAGCCUGACCUGGCAUUGGUGGCGUUGCUGGCGGAGGCCCGGGCCAGAGCGGAAGAAGGCCAAGACAUCAUUGGACUGAAAGAGUAUUUGCUUUCUUUACCACGCCACUUCCACGGUUUGCCGUGGGUCUUUGAUGAUGAGGAAGCGGCCAGUGAGCUGCGAGGAACCGCGCUGCAGCCGUGCUUGCAGCUGUUGCAGGCCAAGGAGGAUGAGAAUCGACAGGUGCUGCAGGCGCGCCUUGGAGAGCGGCUCGCAACGGCAUGGAGCGCUGAACGCUUUCGCUGGGCCAAGGCGGUGGUGAUGACCAGGGCUGGCAUCCAUGAAGUGUCAGAGGAGCCAGAGCCCUCGGUGGCCAUCGUUCCUUUGAUCGACUUUGCCAACUGUGCCGAGGUGCCCAGCGCCUUCUGUCGCCUUCACAAGGGUUUCAUCGAGCUGGUGACGCGUCAAGCGUUGAAGGCGGGUGAUGAAGUCACCAUCAGCUAUGGCGAGCAGAGCCAGGAGCAGCAGCUCUUUACCUUUGGCUUCUUUUUGGAGUCCUCUCCGGUGGAGAUCAUGACGCCUCUGGCCAUGACAGUGCCAACGGAGGUGACCACUGCAGUGGAGCUGAGGAACGUUCUGCUGAGGCUUUUGUUCCUGGAGCGUCAGAAUGCCGAGGGCUCCAUGGCCGAUUUGCCGCCCUUCGCCAUGCUGCGAGCGCGGUCGUCGGGGCUGGACCUCUCAGAGCUCUACGGGGUGGCGACUCUGCAGGAGCUGCCGGAGAACCAGCUCCGUCAGGUAGCGGAUGAGGUCCGAAAGACAUCAAGGCUUGCCUUGCCACCGCCAUCGUCGGAGAGUUUGAAACGUUUGAAGGCGCUGCUCCAGGAGUGGCACGCCGAGCUCUCGGUGGAAGCGAGCUCCUCCCGGAGCGGCGAGAAGCCGGUGUUUCUGCGCGCGUAUCGCAAGAGAUGUGUGGAGUUGGUGGAGCAAGCGCUGAAGCAGUUGACCGAGAAGGAGCAGUUGCACAGUCUACUUUGCCUGCACGCUGCUCGUUUGGCCAUCAAGGCAUACUUUGGCAACAUGGUGGGAAUUCUAUUCCUUUUGAUGUCGUUGGUAGAUGCUUCUCAAUUCCAGUGGGCAAUCACAGAGCAGUUCUCCAGCAGUAGCUGUGCCAUCGCCGAUUUGACCAAGACCCAAGAGUUGGGACGUGUCGGCACAGUGGCUUUGGGCCUCGGCUGUGGUGAUAGCGGUGCGAAGGCCUAUCUGGUUCAAGGCACCGAUUUGGUGACAGAAAGCCACAGCACAGCUGACUGCUCGGGCACUCCCUUGGCCAACAGCACUACCAUGCUCGACACAUGUGCGGAAUCCAGCACCGCUGGAGUCUAUGAGAAGACGAAGGUGGUGACACUUCCCGCGACUUCAAUGACUGUUUACAACCAGGGUGAUGACAAUUGUUCCAACUCACACUUGGGCAUCUAUGUCGGUGCUUUGGAGCUUUGCCACUUCGAUUCAAACGUGCCAGGAAAGAAAAGCAGAAAGACCGUGUGCCAGGGAGACAAGACAUGGAAUUGCUACUACAGCAAUUCUGAUUGCACUGGCGAUGACUUUUGCUCUCCCAGUUCUAACACUCUGAACUCGUGCUAUGAGACAGGGGGGCGGUAUGCGAUCACGACGGUUCUUGGCUCGUCUUCGCCCCACUACAACCACUACCACCACAACACCCUUCACUGGGAUUUCAGGAACAUCUCCGUCUAUGGUGAUGGUACUUGCUCGACUUUGACAGGCACUUACCCAGUGAAUCUGGGGCAAUGCAUGCCAACUGGUGCAGGUACUCAGAAAUGGGAGUGUAGUGCAGGAUCGAUCUCCCACUUGACUAAUGCCACUGCAGAUUGCAGUGGGAUUGUGGUGACCAACGGCCCGUACGAGAUGCACUUCGACACCGAUCAGUUCAUCGAAAGGACAACUUUUCAGCCUGACCAUCUUGGGCUUCGCAUGCCACCUCGUAGCCGGCUAGGUUGUUCAGCAGCCUUCACCACGGAUAGGUCCAGCCUCUACACAGCCGCUUGUGGCGCUCCAAACUUGCGACAGGUGCCUGCGCAGCUCAGCGCGCAGCCGGGUGACCGCUCCAUCGGCUGGUCUACUUGCAUGCCUUUGGCCGGUGCUUCGAGUGCUGCUGCCCACGGCGCCCAGUGCGGCGCGACAGCUUCACGGGGCCCCACGGAAUCAGCCCCACGGCAUCAGUCUGUCACUGCCGACGGCAACCGCGUAGGUGAGAGUGGCUCCCUGGUCGAACGCCGGCCAGAAGCCAAGGUAGCCUUGCUGGGUGGAGAGAACGUUUUCCCCGGUGGCCUUUCUCAAGGCGCGGCUGCGCGGGUCGCGCGGGUCGCGCAGUGGCUCUGGAGGCUGAGCGCUCGGAAGUGUGGGGUGCCCAGUGAUGCCCUGGGCUUCGAGGGCACGGAUGAGGCAUUGGAGUGA